AGAGGCCUCAGCUAGGUUUAGGGUUUCUUCAACCUCUCCUCGAAGCCGCCUAAGACAGAGCUUUGAAAGGAAAGCUUCGAAGAGCCAAAAUGAAGACCAUUCUUUCCUCCGAGACCAUGGACAUCCCCGAAGGGGUUAGCAUUAAGGUUAAGGCCAAGAUGAUCGAGGUUGAAGGUCCAAGGGGUAAGCUCACCCGCAACUUCAAGCACCUCAACCUCGACUUCCAUCUCAUCAAGGACGAAGAGACCGGAAAGCGCAAGCUCAGGAUCGAGGCCUGGUUUGGCUCCAGGAAGACCAGCGCCGCCAUCCGUACGGCUCUCAGCCACGUCGAGAAUCUCAUCACCGGAGUCACUAAAGGAUACCGUUACAAGAUGAGGUUCGUCUACGCUCACUUUCCGAUCAACGCCUCCAUCACUAACGGCAACAAGUCCAUCGAGAUCCGCAACUUCCUUGGCGAGAAGAAGGUUCGUAAGGUGGAUAUGCUGGAAGGGGUUUCCAUUGUGAGAUCCGAGAAGGUUAAGGAUGAGAUUGUUUUGGAUGGUAAUGACAUCGAACUUGUUUCCCGGUCUGCAGCUUUGAUAAACCAGAAAUGCCAUGUGAAGAACAAGGAUAUUAGAAAGUUCCUCGACGGUAUCUAUGUUAGUGAGAAGGGCAGGAUCGCCGAAGAGGAAUGAUUGUUAUCUCAAGUAAUAGUUACAAGCAGCUUUAUUUUUAUGUCGUGGUAAUAUCUUAGGACUUCGGUUCUUGUGUUGUUUUUCUUUUUCCAUGGAUUGCAGAGUGCGAGGAUGUUAUCUUUGUUUAUCGUCUGGAGAAUUUUGGUUAUCUGUUUGAUCGUUAGUACUCUAA